CGGAGCGUGGGAGGUGGAAUGGCGCUGUGCGAUCGACUCUUGCACAUUCUUGCCUGUACACUUCGACCGGAUGGUGGGAAAUAAAAGCGCGCUAGGAUCUUGCACCUGCUGCAUGUGGAUGCAAGGGAGAAACGAGCACCUGCAAACGAAAGCAGUGAGGGAUGUGAUGUUUGCCUCGAUGACUGAAUACCUAUGCUGUGAGUGUGCAUUAGCGCAUGGCAGUGCCACCGCUAGAAAGCUCUUCUGACGGAGUCCUAUAAGAAAGGUCACAGGAAGCCUCAUCAUGCACGGCUAUGGUUUGAUCACGAGCCUGUUCAUUCCAGCGCGGGGAGACGGCGCACACCUGACUCAGCGCGCACACAAAACCUAAACAUGUUCGGUUGAUCCACAUACCUGCAUUCUUUCGCACACAUACACGUUUACAGACAGAGGUACAGCGAUGGAAUUAUCCGAAGUGCGGUGUUCCAGCGCGAGCGAGGAGCUGUACACGAUCAACAAAACCCCUACCAACAACAGCGGCGGGCGACCGAAACGGCUGCUCUGGCAGAACGCAGUGCGCCACAUCACCGAGCAGCGCUUUAUUCACGAGCACAGCAGCUCCAAAUCCGACGACCCAGCUGGCCAAGACCUGCGCAAACAGUCCACCGGCAGGACUUCGGUGAGCGAGCGGCACAACAACUGCGGCACCAAAGUGUUCCCGGAACGCUCAAGCAGCGAUCUGGGAUUCCUGCAGCUCGACUGCGCGCCCAGUAACUCGGACUUCUUUGUGAGCUGGGGCUGCGCGUACCGUGGAGUGAUCUUCCCCACGUUGCGCUACGCCUUCAAAUCGCGCGAACUCGAGCGCCUGUACCAGCGCUAUUUCCUGGGCCAGCGGCGCAAGUCCGUGGCUGUGAUGAAUGUGCUGGACGUGGUGACCAAGCUGACGCUGCUGGUGCUGCACCUGACACUAGGCGCCACGCCAGUGGACCCAAUCAAGGGCGCACUGCUCGGCUUUUUCGCCGGAGUCGAGGUAGUGAUCUGCGCGCUUGUGGUGGUGCGCAAGGACGCCAGCUCGCACGGCUACCUGCAGUACAGCGGCGCAGUAACGUGGGCGGCCAUGGCCACACAAAUCUUGGCCACGGGACUCGGAUACGGGCUUCUAGGAGACGGCGUGGGCUAUGUGCUUUUCACGCUCUUUGCCACCUACAGCAUGCUGCCGCUGCCGCUCAGCUGGGCCAUCGUGGCCGGACUACUGACCUCCGCGCUGCAGAUUGCGCUCCAGCUGCUCGCGGCCCCCCACGCGCGGCUCUCCACCAAUCAGCUUUGUGCUCAGGUGUUAUUGUUCCUGUGUAUGAACACUGCUGGUGUGUUUAUCAGUUACCUGGCAGACCGUGCCCAGCGCCAGGCCUUCCUGGAGACACGCAGGUGUAUCGAGGCUCGCCUCCGCCUGGAAACUGAGAACCAGAGACAGGAGCGCCUGGUCCUGUCAGUGUUGCCACGCUUCGUGGUGCUGGAGAUGAUUAAUGACAUGAGUAAUGUGGAGGACGAAAAUCUGCAGCACCAGUUUCAUCGCAUCUACAUCCAUCGCUAUGAAAAUGUCAGUAUUCUCUUUGCUGAUGUUAAGGGUUUUACUAACCUGUCCACCACGCUCUCAGCUCAAGAGCUUGUCCGAAUGCUCAAUGAGCUCUUUGCACGCUUUGAUCGCCUUGCACAUGAGCAUCAUUGUUUAAGGAUAAAGAUUCUGGGUGACUGUUACUACUGCGUCUCAGGCCUUCCUGAACCCAGGCCUGAUCAUGCCCACUGCUGUGUGGAAAUGGGUCUUAGCAUGAUCAAAACCAUCAGGUAUGUGCGUUCACGUACGAAGCAUGAUAUCGAUAUGCGAAUCGGUAUUCACUCUGGGUCAGUCUUGUGUGGGGUUCUGGGACUGAGAAAGUGGCAGUUUGAUGUCUGGUCUUGGGAUGUUGACAUUGCUAAUAAAUUAGAAUCUGGAGGCAUACCAGGACGGAUCCAUAUCUCUAAGGCUGCUCUGGACUGUCUGAACGGAGACUAUGAGGUCGAGGCAGGCCAUGGCAAGGACCGCAAUGAUUUCUUGCGCCGACACAACAUUGAGACUUUCUUGAUCAAGCAGCCUGAGGAAAGCCUCUUAACCCUGCCUGAAGAUAUCAUGAAGGAGGCCACCAACCAAUCAGAUCACAGAGCAUCCACCACCACAUUUACUGAAGGCACAUGGAGUCCAGAACUACCCUUCCACAAUAUAGUGGGCAAACAGAAUACAUUGGCUGCUCUCACUCGUCACUCCAUAAACCUGCUCCCCAACCAUCUGGCCCAGGCACUGCAUGUGCGCGCCGGCUCACAGGAAAUUAAUGCGCGCAUGCAGAGCACCAUCGCACUGCGCAGCGGAGACAAACUCCGACGACAGCACAUCACCCCUUUCUCGCUCACGUUUAGAGAAGCCAUCCUGGAGCACAAUUACUCCCAGAUGAGAGAUGAGGUGUUUAAGUCUAAUUUGGUGUGUGCCUUCAUCGUUCUCCUUUUUAUCACAGCAAUACAGAGCUUACUGCCAUCCGCAAGGAUGGUGACGAUGGUGAUCCAGUUUUCUGUCCUUAUAUUGCUACACUGCUGUCUGGUUGUUGUGACAACAGCAGAAGACUACAAAUGUCUGCCAUUGGCAUUGAGAAAGGCAUGUUGCUGGGUGAACGAGACAUACACAGCACGAAAUGUAGUCAUCCUUCUCUCUAUCCUCAUCAACUUUAUGGCAGCCAUUAUUAACAUUUUAUGGUGUAAUGUUGACAAAACAAUCUGGGAUGUGUUCAGAAAUGGUACAUUUGAUGCUUCAGCUUCCAUUCCUGGCUGUCUUUACCCAGAGUACUUUGUGUUUACAGGCGUGUUGGCUAUGGUAACGUGCGCUGUAUUUCUCCGCCUAAACUCUGUCCUGAAGUUGGCCAUCCUGCUACUGAUGAUCGCUAUCUAUUCACUACUGACUGAAGCUUUCUACCACUCGCUGUUCACCCGCUAUGACACUAUGUCUGGCUAUGAUGGCUUCACUAAUCAGAGCCAAAGCUUUCUGGGAACAAAGAGGACAUCUCUGCUGCUCAUGGCUAUGUUCCUUCUAGCGGUAUUCUAUCAUGGACAACAGCUUGAAUACACAGCACGGCUGGACUUCCUGUGGCGAGUACAGGCAAAGGAGGAGAUCAACGAAAUGCGGGAGCUGCGAGAGCACAAUGAGAAUAUGCUGCGCAACAUUCUUCCCAGUCAUGUUGCUCGCCACUUUCUGGAGAAGGACAGAGACAAUGAGGAAUUAUAUUCUCAGUCCUAUGAUGCUGUUGGGGUGAUGUUUGCUUCAAUUCCAGGAUUUGCAGAUUUUUAUUCUCAGACUGAAAUGAACAAUCAAGGAGUUGAAUGCUUAAGGCUACUAAACGAGAUUAUCGCCGACUUUGAUGAGUUGCUAGGGGAGGAUCGUUUUCAGGACAUUGAGAAGAUUAAGACCAUUGGCAGCACAUAUAUGGCAGUGUCUGGCCUGUCACCAGAAAAACAGCAAUGUGAAGAUAAGUGGGGUCACCUGUGUGCUCUGGCAGACUUUGCCAUUACUCUAAAUGAGAGUAUCCAAGAAAUCAACAAACAUUCCUUCAACAACUUCCAGCUUCGAAUUGGAAUAGCCCAUGGCUCUGUGGUAGCAGGUGUGAUUGGUGCUAAGAAACCUCAGUACGAUAUCUGGGGAAAGACGGUGAACCUGGCAAGCCGCAUGGACAGCACGGGUGUCAGUGGCAAGAUCCAAGUGCCUGAGGAGACAUACCUCAUCCUGAAUGAGCAAGGCUUUGCCUUUGAGUAUCGCGGUGAGAUCUAUGUGAAGGGCAUCAGUGAGCAGGAGGGCAAGAUCCGGACUCACUUCUUAAUGGGCCGUGUGCAGCCGAACCCGCUCAUCCUGCAGCCGCGCAAGCUCACAGGCCAGUACUCACUUGCUGCUGUUGUGCUUGGCCUCGUCCAGUCACUAAACCGACAAAAGCAGAAGCAGAUUCUUAAUGAGAACAAUAACUCGGGCAUCAUAAAGGGCCACUAUAACCGCAGGACCUUGCUGUCACCCUCAGGUCCGGAUGCCAUCCAUGCUGAGAUGGCAACGGACAAAAAUGAACUGACCUAGUAACAGCGUGAUUGAAGUUUAUUUAAAAAGUACUUGUGUCUGUGGGAGAAAAUUUGUAUACUGAGCCAUCUCAGCUGCUGAGUUGCCCUGAGGAUCAAUACUAAACAGAGCACCGGAUCGUCUAUAUAACAGACUGAUUCACCCCAAAGACUAUCUCAUAAAAUGCCUGCGUGUCUGUCUUUUUGUUCAUGUUUCCUUUUUUGUAUUUCUUUUGUAUAUUAAGCACAAUAAAGGCAUUUAAUUUUUUAUAAUAA